GACGCAGUGGUGUGUUAGCGCUCGGUUUAAAAGUUGAAAAAAGUGAAGAAAUCCAACAAUUGAGGUGUUUUAUCGGAAGAAUGGAGAAGAAAACCUCGUAAAGUUCCGCAGUGUUGGCGUCCCGCAUCAGCUGUGUUUUGUGUACGGUGUCAAUAAAUUUGACAAUUUUUGCCAAAAAUCGCUCAAAAAAUGAGUAUAACUAUCGAAAAAACGAAAUAUGAGUGUGCCGCGUUGCCCAAGCGAUGGCAGCGCGAGGAUAUGUUGCGCAAAACGGGGAUUUCCGUCGGCAAAGUGGACGUGAUGUAUUACAGUCGGGGCGUCCGCAAUGACGCUUCCUUGGUGCCCCCCAUCCGGCAGACGGCGUCGAUUUUCAAGCAGCCGGUCACUGUGUACAAGACACAGGAGAGUAAGGUGAAGUCCGACUACAAAAACGGGAAUCAGGAGAAGCCGAAACAGUUGAUUUGGGAGAAGAGGUUGGAGGGGUUGCGGGCGUGCGAUUUGGACGGGACGGAGUUCGAGGCGAUGGAGUUGCCCAAGGGGCUGAAGCCGGUGGGGCCCAAUGUGAGUGAGGAGACGAUUAUACAGAGUGUGGCCACAGCGUUGCAUGUCUCCACGCAACCCGUGACGGGGCAAACGGGGCCCAAAGCCGCCUUGGAGAAGAAUCCGGGGGUGUUUUUGGACCCCAAACAGCCCUUGGUCCAAGCGGUGAAUAUCUCCGAUGAGGAUAUUAAAAGGCAGGAGGAUAGGGUGGCUUUUGCCAGGAAAAAGUUGCAAGAGGCUUUAAAGUCGUAGAGUGUAGAUGAAUUUUAUUUAUUUUAGGUGUAUCAUGUGACUAGGUUUAAGUUUUGUUAAGCGAUUUUUUUAAUACAAUAAAGUUGAUUAAGGAUA